AUGCAGCUAAAAUUGACCGAUUCGCAGGAAAAUUCUGGAGAACAGGAGAAACUUGUAGAAGAAUAUAAGAACAGAUCAGAGCAGCAGGAAAAGGAAAUUGUGAGUUUUUUAAAAUAAUUUUAAAAUAAGUUAUCCUAUUGAGAUCGCUCUUAAUUUUUAGAAUUCACUAAAGAUAUGGUUAUCUGAAGCAAACGCAAAAAUAGAGGAAGAAAAAUCGAAUUUCGAAUUAACAAUCUUGGAGAAAAAUGCGAUGGUCGAAAAAAUUCAGCUUGAAUUCAGCUCAAAAUCUUCGGAAGAAUUCGAACAACGGCUUUUCCUUCUUGAAUCACGAUUCAAGCUAGAAAUUGAUGAUUUGAAAAAAGAACACGAAGAUGAAAUCACAAAAUUGGACCUGAAAAUUCAAAAAUUAGAAGAAAAAAUCAAAGGACAUGAUGAGGAAAAACGAAUCGCUCUCAAAAAACAAAGUGCAAUUAUCAAGGAGUUGCAAAAAACUGUGAAAGAGGAGCGAAAAAGAGCCGAUUCUUAUGAAAAGAAAAAUGAAGAGAAACAAGGUUGGCAUGUUGUUCAAGAAUCUGAUGGGCAAAGUAGUCAUGUGAGUUAUUUGAUUUGAAAUUUGGAUUUGUCAACGCCUAACGGAGCCUAGUAUUCUCUCAAAAUACCGAUUUUUCAGACCUAUGAUGGAAAUGAGAGCAUCUCAUCACUUUCGGCAAUUGAAUCAGAAAAUGUGGAACUCAUCACAAGAUUAGCCUCACUUCAACGUAUAAAUUCAGAAAACACCGAUCGAAUUCUUCAACUCGAAUCCGAAAAUAGUAAAAUGAGUCGAGAAGUUUUUGAAAAAGGCGAACUUAUCGAAAAUUGGAUUCGAGAGAAACCAAUCUCUUCAUCGCAAAAUUCAUCCCCACGAAAUUUGACGGAUUUUGGGUUCCGAAAACUUUUGACAAAUUUGGGUCAAGAUCAAGGAGCGCAAGAUUUGAAGGAGAUGAAUAAGAAAUUGCAAAGAAUGUUGGAGGAGACACUAUCCAAAAAUAUUUUAUUGCAAAGGGUGAGGCAUUUUUGAAAAACUAUAAAAAAAAACAAAAAAACAUCGGCGAGACCUAAUAGACCUCUAAUUUUUGUUUGAAACAGUAAAUUUUUGGUUGAUAUUUCUCAAAAGUUAAGAAUCAUUAGGCCAGAUGUUGGAAAUCUUUAUUGAAAAAUAUCUUUAUUAGGAAAAAAUUGACAGAAAAUACUGUUUUUAAACAUGAUGAUUUUGGAACAAGCUUUCCGAAAACCCUUGUUCAUUUCAUUUACCCCUCCCAUAAUUCCAUAUCAUUUCAUUAACAUAACUGACCUGAUGAGCAGCAGAAACCCGUUGUCAGACCAAACCUAACCUGAACCAAUUGAUAUCCGUUUAUCAGCGUUAUUAUCACACAGAUUCUCAGAAUUGUGGAAAAGACAAUACAAUAAUGAAACGAAGGCCUAACUAAUUUUUCACUGAAUCUAAAAAAAGGUUGAGGGACUAUGUUAUGAGGACCCAACUAAAUAAUUUUCAAACAUCCUUCUCCCAACUCUCCUCGUCCCACUAAUUCGUAUCACACGAAAAAAAGGAACGAGAAGAAAUUGGAUGAAAGGUGUUACUGAAAUUCGGGGUGACUAUAUUAUGAGGACCCAACUAAAUAAUUUUCAAACAUCUUUUUCCCAACUCUCCUCGUCCCACUAAUUCGUAUCACACGUAAAAAAAGGAACGAGAAGAAAUUGGAUGAAAGGUGUUACUGAAAUUCGGGGUGACUAUGUUAUGAGGACCCAACUAAAUAAUUUUCAAACAUCCUUCUCCCAACUCUCCUCGUCCCACUAAUUCGUAUCACACGAAAAAAAAGGAACGAGAAGAAAUUGGAUGAAAGGUGUUACUGAAAUUCGGGGUGACUAUAUUAUGAGGACCCAACUAAAUAAUUUUCAAACAUCUUUUUCCCAACUCUCCUCGUCCCACUAAUUCGUAUCACACGAAAAAAAGGAACGAGAAGAAAUUGGAUGAAAGGUGUUACUGAAAUUCGGGGGACUAUGUUAUGAGGACCCAACUAAAUAAUUUUCAAUAAUUUUCAAACAUCCUUCUCCCAACUCUCCUCGUCCCACUAAUUCGUAUCACACGAAAAAAAGGAACGAGAAGAAAUUGGAUGAAAGGUGUUACUGAAAUUCGGGGUGACUAUGUUAUGAGGACCCAACUAAAUAAUUUUCAAUAAUUUUCAAACAUCCUUCUCCCAACUCUCCUCGUCCCACUAAUUCGUAUCACACGAAAAAAAAGGAACGAGAAGAAAUUGGAUGAAAGAUGUUACUGAAAUUCGGGGGGACUAUGUUAUGAGGACCCAACUAAAUAAUUUUCAAUAAUUUUCAAACAUCUUUUUCUCAACUCUCCUCGUCCCACUAAUUCGUAUCACACGAAAAAAAAGGAACGAGAAGAAAUUGGAUGAAAGAUGUUACUGAAAUUCGGGGGGACUAUGUUAUGAGGACCCAACUAAAUAAUUUUCAAACAUCCUUUUCCCAACUCUCCUCGUCCCACUAAUUCGUAUCACACGAAAAAAAAGGAACGAGAAGAAAUUGGAUGAAAGAUGUUACUGAAAUUCGGGGUGACUAUGUUAUGAGGACCCAACUAAAUAAUUUUCAAUAAUUUUCAAACAUCCUUCUCCCAACUCUCCUCGUCCCACUAAUUCGUAUCACACGAAAAAAAAGGAACGAGAAGAAAUUGGAUGAAAGAUGUUACUGAAAUUCGGGGGGACUAUGUUAUGAGGACCCAACUAAAUAAUUUUCAAACAUCUUUUUCCCAACUCUCCUCGUCCCACUAAUUCGUAUCACACGAAAAAAAAGGAACGAGAAGAAAUUGGAUGAAAGGUGUUACUGAAAUUCGGGGGGACUAUGUUAUGAGGACCCAACUAAAUAAUUUUCAAUAAUUUUCAAACAUCCUUCUCCCAACUCUCCUCGUCCCACUAAUUCGUAUCACACGAAAAAAAGGAACGAGAAGAAAUUGGAUGAAAGGUGUUACUGAAAUUCGGGGUGACUAUGUUAUGAGGACCCAACUAAAUAAUUUUCAAUAAUUUUCAAACAUCCUUCUCCCAACUCUCCUCGUCCCACUAAUUCGUAUCACACGAAAAAAAGGAACGAGAAGAAAUUGGAUGAAAGAUGUUACUGAAAUUCGGGGGGACUAUGUUAUGAGGACCCAACUAAAUAAUUUUCAAUAAUUUUCAAACAUCUUUUUCUCAACUCUCCUCGUCCCACUAAUUCGUAUCACACGAAAAAAAAGGAACGAGAAGAAAUUGGAUGAAAGAUGUUACUGAAAUUCGGGGGGACUAUGUUAUGAGGACCCAACUAAAUAAUUUUCAAACAUCCUUUUCCCAACUCUCCUCGUCCCACUAAUUCGUAUCACACGAAAAAAAAGGAACGAGAAGAAAUUGGAUGAAAGAUGUUACUGAAAUUCGGGGUGACUAUGUUAUGAGGACCCAACUAAAUAAUUUUCAAACAUCUUUUUCCCAACUCUCCUCGUCCCACUAAUUCGUAUCACACGAAAAAAAAGGAACGAGAAGAAAUUGGAUGAAAGGUGUUACUGAAAUUCGGGGGGACUAUGUUAUGAGGACCCAACUAAAUAAUUUUCAAUAAUUUUCAAACAUCUUUUUCUCAACUCUCCUCGUCCCACUAAUUCGUAUCACACGAAAAAAAAGGAACGAGAAGAAAUUGGAUGAAAGAUGUUACUGAAAUUCGGGGGGACUAUGUUAUGAGGACCCAACUAAAUAAUUUUCAAUAAUUUUCAAACAUCUUUUUCCCAACUCUCCUCGUCCCACUAAUUCGUAUCACACGUAAAAAAAGGAACGAGAAGAAAUUGGAUGAAAGGUGUUACUGAAAUUCGGGGUGACUAUGUUAUGAGGACCCAACUAAAUAAUUUUCAAACAUCUUUUUCCCAACUCUCCUCGUCCCACUAAUUCGUAUCACACGAAAAAAAAGGAACGAGAAGAAAUUGGAUGAAAGGUGUUACUGAAAUUCGGGGGGACUAUGUUAUGAGGACCCAACUAAAUAAUUUUCAAUAAUUUUCAAACAUCCUUCUCCCAACUCUCCUCGUCCCACUAAUUCGUAUCACACGAAAAAAAAGGAACGAGAAGAAAUUGGAUGAAAGAUGUUACUGAAAUUCGGGGGGACUAUGUUAUGAGGACCCAACUAAAUAAUUUUCAAACAUCCUUUUCCCAACUCUCCUCGUCCCACUAAUUCGUAUCACACGAAAAAAAAAGGAACGAGAAGAAAUUGGAUGAAAGGUGUUACUGAAAUUCGGGGUGACUAUGUUAUGAGGACCCAACUAAAUAAUUUUCAAACAUCUUUUUCCCAACUCUCCUCGUCCCACUAAUUCGUAUCACACGAAAAAAAGGAACGAGAAGAAAUUGGAUGAAAGGUGUUACUGAAAUUCGGGGGGACUAUGUUAUGAGGACCCAACUAAAUAAUUUUCAAUAAUUUUCAAACAUCCUUCUCCCAACUCUCCUCGUCCCACUAAUUCGUAUCACACGAAAAAAGGAACGAGAAGAAAUUGGAUGAAAGUUGUUACUGAAAUUCGGGGUGACUAUGUUAUGAGGACCCAACUAAAUAAUUUUCAAUAAUUUUCAAACAUCCUUCUCCCAACUCUCCUCGUCCCACUAAUUCGUAUCACACGAAAAAAAAGGAACGAGAAGAAAUUGGAUGAAAGAUGUUACUGAAAUUCGGGGGGACUAUGUUAUGAGGACCCAACUAAAUAAUUUUCAAUAAUUUUCAAACAUCUUUUUCUCAACUCUCCUCGUCCCACUAAUUCGUAUCACACGAAAAAAAGGAACGAGAAGAAAUUGGAUGAAAGAUGUUACUGAAAUUCGGGGGGACUAUGUUAUGAGGACCCAACUAAAUAAUUUUCAAACAUCCUUUUCCCAACUCUCCUCGUCCCACUAAUUCGUAUCACACGAAAAAAAGGAACGAGAAGAAAUUGGAUGAAAGAUGUUACUGAAAUUCGGGGUGACUAUGUUAUGAGGACCCAACUAAAUAAUUUUCAAACAUCUUUUUCCCAACUCUCCUCGUCCCACUAAUUCGUAUCACACGAAAAAAAAGGAACGAGAAGAAAUUGGAUGAAAGGUGUUACUGAAAUUCGGGGGGACUAUGUUAUGAGGACCCAACUAAAUAAUUUUCAAUAAUUUUCAAACAUCCUUCUCCCAACUCUCCUCGUCCCACUAAUUCGUAUCACACGAAAAAAAGGAACGAGAAGAAAUUGGAUGAAAGAUGUUACUGAAAUUCGGGGGGACUAUGUUAUGAGGACCCAACUAAAUAAUUUUCAAUAAUUUUCAAACAUCUUUUUCCCAACUCUCCUCGUCCCACUAAUUCGUAUCACACGUAAAAAAAGGAACGAGAAGAAAUUGGAUGAAAGGUGUUACUGAAAUUCGGGGUGACUAUGUUAUGAGGACCCAACUAAAUAAUUUUCAAACAUCUUUUUCCCAACUCUCCUCGUCCCACUAAUUCGUAUCACACGAAAAAAAAGGAACGAGAAGAAAUUGGAUGAAAGGUGUUACUGAAAUUCGGGGGGACUAUGUUAUGAGGACCCAACUAAAUAAUUUUCAAUAAUUUUCAAACAUCCUUCUCCCAACUCUCCUCGUCCCACUAAUUCGUAUCACACGAAAAAAAGGAACGAGAAGAAAUUGGAUGAAAGAUGUUACUGAAAUUCGGGGGGACUAUGUUAUGAGGACCCAACUAAAUAAUUUUCAAACAUCCUUUUCCCAACUCUCCUCGUCCCACUAAUUCGUAUCACACGAAAAAAAAGGAACGAGAAGAAAUUGGAUGAAAGGUGUUACUGAAAUUCGGGGGGACUAUGUUAUGAGGACCCAACUAAAUAAUUUUCAAUAAUUUUCAAACAUCCUUCUCCCAACUCUCCUCGUCCCACUAAUUCGUAUCACACGAAAAAAAAGGAACGAGAAGAAAUUGGAUGAAAGGUGUUACUGAAAUUCGGGGGGACUAUGUUAUGAGGACCCAACUAAAUAAUUUUCAAUAAUUUUCAAACAUCCUUCUCCCAACUCUCCUCGUCCCACUAAUUCGUAUCACACGAAAAAAAAGGAACGAGAAGAAAUUGGAUGAAAGGUGUUACUGAAAUUCGGGGGACUAUGUUAUGAGGACCCAACUAAAUAAUUUUCAAACAUCCUUUUUCCCAACUCUCCUCGUCCCACUAAUUCGUAUCACACGAAAAAAAAGGAACGAGAAGAAAUUGGAUGAAAGGUGUUACUGAAAUUCGGGGGGACUAUGUUAUGAGGACCCAACUAAAUAAUUUUCAAUAAUUUUCAAACAUCCUUCUCCCAACUCUCCUCGUCCCACUAAUUCGUAUCACACGAAAAAAAAGGAACGAGAAGAAAUUGGAUGAAAGGUGUUACUGAAAUUCGGGGGGACUAUGUUAUGAGGACCCAACUAAAUAAUUUUCAAUAAUUUUCAAACAUCCUUCUCCCAACUCUCCUCGUCCCACUAAUUCGUAUCACACGAAAAAAAAGGAACGAGAAGAAAUUGGAUGAAAGGUGUUACUGAAAUUCGGGGGGACUAUGUUAUGAGGACCCAACUAAAUAAUUUUCAAACAUCUUUUUCCCAACUCUCCUCGUCCCACUAAUUCGUAUCACACGAAAAAAAAGGAACGAGAAGAAAUUGGAUGAAAGGUGUUACUGAAAUUCGGGGUGACUAUGUUAUGAGGACCCAACUAAAUAAUUUUCAAUAAUUUUCAAACAUCCUUCUCCCAACUCUCCUCGUCCCACUAAUUCGUAUCACACGAAAAAAAAGGAACGAGAAGAAAUUGGAUGAAAGAUGUUACUGAAAUUCGGGGGGACUAUGUUAUGAGGACCCAACUAAAUAAUUUUCAAACAUCCUUUUCCCAACUCUCCUCGUCCCACUAAUUCGUAUCACACGAAAAAAAAGGAACGAGAAGAAAUUGGAUGAAAGGUGUUACUGAAAUUCGGGGGGACUAUGUUAUGAGGACCCAACUAAAUAAUUUUCAAUAAUUUUCAAACAUCCUUCUCCCAACUCUCCUCGUCCCACUAAUUCGUAUCACACGAAAAAAAAGGAACGAGAAGAAAUUGGAUGAAAGGUGUUACUGAAAUUCGGGGGGACUAUGUUAUGAGGACCCAACUAAAUAAUUUUCAAUAAUUUUCAAACAUCCUUCUCCCAACUCUCCUCGUCCCACUAAUUCGUAUCACACGAAAAAAAAAGGAACGAGAAGAAAUUGGAUGAAAGGUGUUACUGAAAUUCGGGGGGACUAUGUUAUGAGGACCCAACUAAAUAAUUUUCAAACAUCCUUUUCCCAACUCUCCUCGUCCCACUAAUUCGUAUCACACGAAAAAAAAGGAACGAGAAGAAAUUGGAUGAAAGGUGUUACUGAAAUUCGGGGGGACUAUGUUAUGAGGACCCAACUAAAUAAUUUUCAAUAAUUUUCAAACAUCCUUCUCCCAACUCUCCUCGUCCCACUAAUUCGUAUCACACGAAAAAAAAGGAACGAGAAGAAAUUGGAUGAAAGAUGUUACUGAAAUUCGGGGGGACUAUGUUAUGAGGACCCAACUAAAUAAUUUUCAAUAAUUUUCAAACAUCCUUCUCCCAACUCUCCUCGUCCCACUAAUUCGUAUCACACGAAAAAAAGGAACGAGAAGAAAUUGGAUGAAAGGUGUUACUGAAAUUCGGGGUGACUAUGUUAUGAGGACCCAACUAAAUAAUUUUCAAACAUCUUUUUCCCAACUCUCCUCGUCCCACUAAUUCGUAUCACACGUAAAAAAAGGAACGAGAAGAAAUUGGAUGAAAGGUGUUACUGAAAUUCGGGGUGACUAUGUUAUGAGGACCCAACUAAAUAAUUUUCAAACAUCCUUUUCCCAACUCUCCUCGUCCCACUAAUUCGUAUCACACGAAAAAAAAAGGAACGAGAAGAAAUUGGAUGAAAGGUGUUACUGAAAUUCGGGGGGACUAUGUUAUGAGGACCCAACUAAAUAAUUUUCAAUAAUUUUCAAACAUCCUUCUCCCAACUCUUCUCGUCCCAUUUAGUCGUAUCACACGUAAAAAAAAGAAACGAGAAGAAAUUGGAUGAAAGAUGUUACUGAAAUUCGGGGUGACUAUGUUAUGAGGACCCAACUAAAUAAUUUUCAAUAAUUUUCAAACAUCUUUUUCCCAACUCUCCUCGUCCCACUAAUUCGUAUCACACGAAAAAAAGGAACGAGAAGAAAUUGGAUGAAAGGUGUUACUGAAAUUCGGGGUGACUAUGUUAUGAGGACCCAACUAAAUAAUUUUCAAUAAUUUUCAAACAUCCUUCUCCCAACUCUCCUCGUCCCACUAAUUCGUAUCACACGAAAAAAAAGGAACGAGAAGAAAUUGGAUGAAAGGUGUUACUGAAAUUCGGGGGGACUAUGUUAUGAGGACCCAACUAAAUAAUUUUCAAUAAUUUUCAAACAUCUUUUUCCCAACUCUCCUCGUCCCACUAAUUCGUAUCACACGAAAAAAAAGGAACGAGAAGAAAUUGGAUGAAAGAUGUUACUGAAAUUCGGGGGGACUAUGUUAUGAGGACCCAACUAAAUAAUUUUCAAUAAUUUUCAAACAUCCUUCUCCCAACUCUCCUCGUCCCAUUUAGUCGUAUCACACGAAAAAAAAAGGAACGAGAAGAAAUUGGAUGAAAGAUGUUACUGAAAUUCGGGGGACUAUGUUAUGAGGACCCAACUAAAUAAUUUUCAAUAAUUUUCAAACAUCCUUCUCCCAACUCUCCUCGUCCCACUAAUUCGUAUCACACGAAAAAAAAGGAACGAGAAGAAAUUGGAUGAAAGAUGUUACUGAAAUUCGGGGGGACUAUGUUAUGAGGACCCAACUAAAUAAUUUUCAAUAAUUUUCAAACAUCCUUCUCCCAACUCUCCUCGUCCCACUAAUUCGUAUCACACGAAAAAAAAGGAACGAGAAGAAAUUGGAUGAAAGAUGUUACUGAAAUUCGGGGGGACUAUGUUAUGAGGACCCAACUAAAUAAUUUUCAAUAAUUUUCAAACAUCCUUCUCCCAACUCUCCUCGUCCCACUAAUUCGUAUCACACGAAAAAAAAGGAACGAGAAGAAAUUGGAUGAAAGAUGUUACUGAAAUUCAGGGGGACUAUGUUAUGAGGACCCAACUAAAUAAUUUUCAAUAAUUUUCAAACAUCCUUCUCCCAACUCUCCUCGUCCCACUAAUUCGUAUCACACGAAAAAAAAGGAACGAGAAGAAAUUGGAUGAAAGAUGUUACUGAAAUUCAGGGGGACUAUGUUAUGAGGACCCAACUAAAUAAUUUUCAAUAAUUUUCAAACAUCCUUCUCCCAACUCUCCUCGUCCCACUAAUUCGUAUCACACGAAAAAAAAGGAACGAGAAGAAAUUGGAUGAAAGGUGUUACUGAAAUUCGGGGGGACUAUGUUAUGAGGACCCAACUAAAUAAUUUUCAAUAAUUUUCAAACAUCUUUUUCCCAACUCUCCUCGUCCCACUAAUUCGUAUCACACGAAAAAAAAGGAACGAGAAGAAAUUGGAUGAAAGGUGUUACUGAAAUUCGGGGGGACUAUGUUAUGAGGACCCAACUAAAUAAUUUUCAAUAAUUUUCAAACAUCCUUCUCCCAACUCUCCUCGUCCCACUAAUUCGUAUCACACGAAAAAAAAGGAACGAGAAGAAAUUGGAUGAAAGGUGUUACUGAAAUUCGGGGGGACUAUGUUAUGAGGACCCAACUAAAUAAUUUUCAAUAAUUUUCAAACAUCCUUCUCCCAACUCUCCUCGUCCCACUAAUUCGUAUCACACGAAAAAAAGGAACGAGAAGAAAUUGGAUGAAAGGUGUUACUGAAAUUCGGGGUGACUAUGUUAUGAGGACCCAACUAAAUAAUUUUCAAUAAUUUUCAAACAUCCUUCUCCCAACUCUCCUCGUCCCACUAAUUCGUAUCACACGAAAAAAAAGGAACGAGAAGAAAUUGGAUGAAAGGUGUUACUGAAAUUCGGGGGGACUAUGUUAUGAGGACCCAACUAAAUAAUUUUCAAUAAUUUUCAAACAUCCUUCUCCCAACUCUCCUCGUCCCACUAAUUCGUAUCACACGAAAAAAAAGGAACGAGAAGAAAUUGGAUGAAAGGUGUUACUGAAAUUCAGGGGGACUAUGUUAUGAGGACCCAACUAAAUAAUUUUCAAUAAUUUUCAAACAUCUUUUUCCCAACUCUCCUCGUCCCACUAAUUCGUAUCACACGAAAAAAAGGAACGAGAAGAAAUUGGAUGAAAGAUGUUACUGAAAUUCGGGGGGACUAUGUUAUGAGGACCCAACUAAAUAAUUUUCAAUAAUUUUCAAACAUCUUUUUCCCAACUCUCCUCGUCCCACUAAUUCGUAUCACACGAAAAAAAAGGAACGAGAAGAAAUUGGAUGAAAGAUGUUACUGAAAUUCGGGGGGACUAUGUUAUGAGGACCCAACUAAAUAAUUUUCAAUAAUUUUCAAACAUCUUUUUCCCAACUCUCCUCGUCCCACUAAUUCGUAUCACACGAAAAAAAAGGAACGAGAAGAAAUUGGAUGAAAGAUGUUACUGAAAUUCGGGGGGACUAUGUUAUGAGGACCCAACUAAAUAAUUUUCAAUAAUUUUCAAACAUCCUUCUCCCAACUCUCCUCGUCCCACUAAUUCGUAUCACACGAAAAAAAAGGAACGAGAAGAAAUUGGAUGAAAGAUGUUACUGAAAUUCGGGGGGACUAUGUUAUGAGGACCCAACUAAAUAAUUUUCAAUAAUUUUCAAACAUCCUUCUCCCAACUCUCCUCGUCCCAUUUAGUCGUAUCACACGUAAAAAAAGGAACGAGAAGAAAUUGGAUGAAAGAUGUUACUGAAAUUCGGGGGGACUAUGUUAUGAGGACCCAACUAAAUAAUUUUCAAUAAUUUUCAAACAUCCUUCUCCCAACUCUCCUCGUCCCAUUUAGUCGUAUCACACGUAAAAAAAGGAACGAGAAGAAAUUGGAUGAAAGAUGUUACUGAAAUUCGGGGGGACUAUGUUAUGAGGACCCAACUAAAUAAUUUUCAAUAAUUUUCAAACAUCCUUCUCCCAACUCUCCUCGUCCCAUUUAGUCGUAUCACACGUAAAAAAAGGAACGAGAAGAAAUUGGAUGAAAGAUGUUACUGAAAUUCGGGGGGACUAUGUUAUGAGGACCCAACUAAAUAAUUUUCAAUAAUUUUCAAACAUCCUUCUCCCAACUCUCCUCGUCCCACUAAUUCGUAUCACACGAAAAAAAAGGAACGAGAAGAAAUUGGAUGAAAGAUGUUACUGAAAUUCGGGGUGACUAUGUUAUGAGGACCCAACUAAAUAAUUUUCAAUAAUUUUCAAACAUCCUUCUCCCAACUCUCCUCGUCCCAUUUAGUCGUAUCACACGAAAAAAAAGGAACGAGAAGAAAUUGGAUGAAAGGUGUUACUGAAAUUCGGGGGGACUAUGUUAUGAGGACCCAACUAAAUAAUUUUCAAUAAUUUUCAAACAUCUUUUUCCCAACUCUCCUCGUCCCAUUUAGUCGUAUCACACGAAAAAAAAGGAACGAGAAGAAAUUGGAUGAAAGAUGUUACUGAAAUUCGGGGUGACUAUAUUAUGAGGACCCAACUAAAUAAUUUUCAAUAAUUUUCAAACAUCUUUUUCCCAACUCUCCUCGUCCCACUAAUUCGUAUCACACGAAAAAAAGGAACGAGAAGAAAUUGGAUGAAAGGUGUUACUGAAAUUCGGGGGGACUAUGUUAUGAGGACCCAACUAAAUAAUUUUCAAUAAUUUUCAAACAUCCUUCUCCCAACUCUCCUCGUCCCAUUUAGUCGUAUCACACGAAAAAAAGGAACGAGAAGAAAUUGGAUGAAAGGUGUUACUGAAAUUCGGGGGGACUAUGUUAUGAGGACCCAACUAAAUAAUUUUCAAUAAUUUUCAAACAUCCUUCUCCCAACUCUCCUCGUCCCACUAAUUCGUAUCACACGAAAAAAAAGGAACGAGAAGAAAUUGGAUGAAAGAUGUUACUGAAAUUCGGGGGGACUAUGUUAUGAGGACCCAACUAAAUAAUUUUCAAUAAUUUUCAAACAUCCUUCUCCCAACUCUCCUCGUCCCACUAAUUCGUAUCACACGAAAAAAAAGGAACGAGAAGAAAUUGGAUGAAAGAUGUUACUGAAAUUCGGGGGGACUAUGUUAUGAGGACCCAACUAAAUAAUUUUCAAUAAUUUUCAAACAUCUUUUUCCCAACUCUCCUCGUCCCACUAAUUCGUAUCACACGAAAAAAAAGGAACGAGAAGAAAUUGGAUGAAAGAUGUUACUGAAAUUCGGGGGGACUAUGUUAUGAGGACCCAACUAAAUAAUUUUCAAUAAUUUUCAAACAUCUUUUUCCCAACUCUCCUCGUCCCACUAAUUCGUAUCACACGAAAAAAAAGGAACGAGAAGAAAUUGGAUGAAAGAUGUUACUGAAAUUCGGGGUGACUAUGUUAUGAGGACCCAACUAAAUAAUUUUCAAUAAUUUUCAAACAUCCUUCUCCCAACUCUCCUCGUCCCACUAAUUCGUAUCACACGAAAAAAAGGAACGAGAAGAAAUUGGAUGAAAGAUGUUACUGAAAUUCGGGGGGACUAUGUUAUGAGGACCCAACUAAAUAAUUUUCAAUAAUUUUCAAACAUCUUUUUCCCAACUCUCCUCGUCCCACUAAUUCGUAUCACACGAAAAAAAAGGAACGAGAAGAAAUUGGAUGAAAGAUGUUACUGAAAUUCGGGGGGACUAUGUUAUGAGGACCCAACUAAAUAAUUUUCAAUAAUUUUCAAACAUCCUUCUCCCAACUCUCCUCGUCCCACUAAUUCGUAUCACACGAAAAAAAAGGAACGAGAAGAAAUUGGAUGAAAGAUGUUACUGAAAUUCGGGGGGACUAUGUUAUGAGGACCCAACUAAAUAAUUUUCAAUAAUUUUCAAACAUCUUUUUCCCAACUCUCCUCGUCCCACUAAUUCGUAUCACACGAAAAAAAAGGAACGAGAAGAAAUUGGAUGAAAGAUGUUACUGAAAUUCGGGGGGACUAUGUUAUGAGGACCCAACUAAAUAAUUUUCAAUAAUUUUCAAACAUCUUUUUCCCAACUCUCCUCGUCCCACUAAUUCGUAUCACACGAAAAAAAAGGAACGAGAAGAAAUUGGAUGAAAGAUGUUACUGAAAUUCGGGGGGACUAUGUUAUGAGGACCCAACUAAAUAAUUUUCAAUAAUUUUCAAACAUCCUUCUCCCAACUCUCCUCGUCCCACUAAUUCGUAUCACACGAAAAAAAAGGAACGAGAAGAAAUUGGAUGAAAGAUGUUACUGAAAUUCGGGGGGACUAUGUUAUGAGGACCCAACUAAAUAAUUUUCAAUAAUUUUCAAACAUCCUUCUCCCAACUCUCCUCGUCCCAUUUAGUCGUAUCACACGUAAAAAAAGGAACGAGAAGAAAUUGGAUGAAAGAUGUUACUGAAAUUCGGGGUGACUAUGUUAUGAGGACCCAACUAAAUAAUUUUCAAUAAUUUUCAAACAUCCUUCUCCCAACUCUCCUCGUCCCAUUUAGUCGUAUCACACGUAAAAAAAGGAACGAGAAGAAAUUGGAUGAAAGAUGUUACUGAAAUUCGGGGGGACUAUGUUAUGAGGACCCAACUAAAUAAUUUUCAAUAAUUUUCAAACAUCCUUCUCCCAACUCUCCUCGUCCCAUUUAGUCGUAUCACACGUAAAAAAAGGAACGAGAAGAAAUUGGAUGAAAGAUGUUACUGAAAUUCGGGGGGACUAUGUUAUGAGGACCCAACUAAAUAAUUUUCAAUAAUUUUCAAACAUCCUUCUCCCAACUCUCCUCGUCCCAUUUAGUCGUAUCACACGUAAAAAAAGGAACGAGAAGAAAUUGGAUGAAAGAUGUUACUGAAAUUCAGGGGGACUAUGUUAUGAGGACCCAACUAAAUAAUUUUCAAUAAUUUUCAAACAUCCUUCUCCCAACUCUCCUCGUCCCACUAAUUCGUAUCACACGAAAAAAAAGGAACGAGAAGAAAUUGGAUGAAAGAUGUUACUGAAAUUCGGGGUGACUAUGUUAUGAGGACCCAACUAAAUAAUUUUCAAUAAUUUUCAAACAUCCUUCUCCCAACUCUCCUCGUCCCAUUUAGUCGUAUCACACGAAAAAAAAGGAACGAGAAGAAAUUGGAUGAAAGGUGUUACUGAAAUUCGGGGUGACUAUAUUAUGAGGACCCAACUAAAUAAUUUUCAAUAAUUUUCAAACAUCUUUUUCCCAACUCUCCUCGUCCCACUAAUUCGUAUCACACGAAAAAAAGGAACGAGAAGAAAUUGGAUGAAAGGUGUUACUGAAAUUCGGGGGGACUAUGUUAUGAGGACCCAACUAAAUAAUUUUCAAUAAUUUUCAAACAUCCUUCUCCCAACUCUCCUCGUCCCAUUUAGUCGUAUCACACGAAAAAAAAGGAACGAGAAGAAAUUGGAUGAAAGAUGUUACUGAAAUUCGGGGGGACUAUGUUAUGAGGACCCAACUAAAUAAUUUUCAAUAAUUUUCAAACAUCUUUUUCCCAACUCUCCUCGUCCCACUAAUUCGUAUCACACGAAAAAAAAGGAACGAGAAGAAAUUGGAUGAAAGGUGUUACUGAAAUUCGGGGGGACUAUGUUAUGAGGACCCAACUAAAUAAUUUUCAAUAAUUUUCAAACAUCCUUCUCCCAACUCUCCUCGUCCCAUUUAGUCGUAUCACACGAAAAAAAGGAACGAGAAGAAAUUGGAUGAAAGGUGUUACUGAAAUUCGGGGGGACUAUGUUAUGAGGACCCAACUAAAUAAUUUUCAAUAAUUUUCAAACAUCCUUCUCCCAACUCUCCUCGUCCCACUAAUUCGUAUCACACGAAAAAAAAGGAACGAGAAGAAAUUGGAUGAAAGGUGUUACUGAAAUUCGGGGUGACUAUGUUAUGAGGACCCAACUAAAUAAUUUUCAAUAAUUUUCAAACAUCUUUUUCCCAACUCUCCUCGUCCCACUAAUUCGUAUCACACGAAAAAAAAGGAACGAGAAGAAAUUGGAUGAAAGAUGUUACUGAAAUUCGGGGUGACUAUGUUAUGAGGACCCAACUAAAUAAUUUUCAAUAAUUUUCAAACAUCCUUCUCCCAACUCUCCUCGUCCCAUUUAGUCGUAUCACACGAAAAAAAAGGAACGAGAAGAAAUUGGAUGAAAGGUGUUACUGAAAUUCGGGGUGACUAUAUUAUGAGGACCCAACUAAAUAAUUUUCAAUAAUUUUCAAACAUCUUUUUCCCAACUCUCCUCGUCCCACUAAUUCGUAUCACACGAAAAAAAAGGAACGAGAAGAAAUUGGAUGAAAGAUGUUACUGAAAUUCGGGGUGACUAUGUUAUGAGGACCCAACUAAAUAAUUUUCAAUAAUUUUCAAACAUCCUUCUCCCAACUCUCCUCGUCCCAUUUAGUCGUAUCACACGAAAAAAAGGAACGAGAAGAAAUUGGAUGAAAGGUGUUACUGAAAUUCGGGGUGACUAUAUUAUGAGGACCCAACUAAAUAAUUUUCAAUAAUUUUCAAACAUCUUUUUCCCAACUCUCCUCGUCCCACUAAUUCGUAUCACACGAAAAAAAAGGAACGAGAAGAAAUUGGAUGAAAGGUGUUACUGAAAUUCGGGGGGACUAUGUUAUGAGGACCCAACUAAAUAAUUUUCAAUAAUUUUCAAACAUCCUUCUCCCAACUCUCCUCGUCCCAUUUAGUCGUAUCACACGAAAAAAAAGGAACGAGAAGAAAUUGGAUGAAAGGUGUUACUGAAAUUCGGGGGACUAUGUUAUGAGGACCCAACUAAAUAAUUUUCAAUAAUUUUCAAACAUCCUUCUCCCAACUCUCCUCGUCCCACUAAUUCGUAUCACACGAAAAAAAGGAACGAGAAGAAAUUGGAUGAAAGAUGUUACUGAAAUUCGGGGGGACUAUGUUAUGAGGACCCAACUAAAUAAUUUUCAAUAAUUUUCAAACAUCCUUCUCCCAACUCUCCUCGUCCCAUUUAGUCGUAUCACACGUAAAAAAAGGAACGAGAAGAAAUUGGAUGAAAGGUGUUACUGAAAUUCGGGGGGACUAUGUUAUGAGGACCCAACUAAAUAAUUUUCAAUAAUUUUCAAACAUCCUUCUCCCAACUCUCCUCGUCCCACUAAUUCGUAUCACACGAAAAAAAGGAACGAGAAGAAAUUGGAUGAAAGAUGUUACUGAAAUUCGGGGGGACUAUGUUAUGAGGACCCAACUAAAUAAUUUUCAAUAAUUUUCAAACAUCUUUUUCCCAACUCUCCUCGUCCCACUAAUUCGUAUCACACGAAAAAAAAGGAACGAGAAGAAAUUGGAUGAAAGAUGUUACUGAAAUUCGGGGUGACUAUGUUAUGAGGACCCAACUAAAUAAUUUUCAAUAAUUUUCAAACAUCCUUCUCCCAACUCUCCUCGUCCCACUAAUUCGUAUCACACGAAAAAAAAGGAACGAGAAGAAAUUGGAUGAAAGAUGUUACUGAAAUUCGGGGGACUAUGUUAUGAGGACCCAACUAAAUAAUUUUCAAUAAUUUUCAAACAUCUUUUUCCCAACUCUCCUCGUCCCACUAAUUCGUAUCACACGAAAAAAAAGGAACGAGAAGAAAUUGGAUGAAAGAUGUUACUGAAAUUCGGGGGGACUAUGUUAUGAGGACCCAACUAAAUAAUUUUCAAUAAUUUUCAAACAUCCUUCUCCCAACUCUCCUCGUCCCACUAAUUCGUAUCACACGAAAAAAAAGGAACGAGAAGAAAUUGGAUGAAAGAUGUUACUGAAAUUCGGGGGGGACUAUGUUAUGAGGACCCAACUAAAUAAUUUUCAAUAAUUUUCAAACAUCUUUUUCCCAACUCUCCUCGUCCCACUAAUUCGUAUCACACGAAAAAAAAGGAACGAGAAGAAAUUGGAUGAAAGAUGUUACUGAAAUUCGGGGGGACUAUGUUAUGAGGACCCAACUAAAUAAUUUUCAAUAAUUUUCAAACAUCUUUUUCCCAACUCUCCUCGUCCCACUAAUUCGUAUCACACGAAAAAAAAGGAACGAGAAGAAAUUGGAUGAAAGAUGUUACUGAAAUUCGGGGGGACUAUGUUAUGAGGACCCAACUAAAUAAUUUUCAAUAAUUUUCAAACAUCCUUCUCCCAACUCUCCUCGUCCCACUAAUUCGUAUCACACGAAAAAAAAGGAACGAGAAGAAAUUGGAUGAAAGAUGUUACUGAAAUUCGGGGGGACUAUGUUAUGAGGACCCAACUAAAUAAUUUUCAAUAAUUUUCAAACAUCCUUCUCCCAACUCUCCUCGUCCCAUUUAGUCGUAUCACACGUAAAAAAAGGAACGAGAAGAAAUUGGAUGAAAGAUGUUACUGAAAUUCGGGGUGACUAUGUUAUGAGGACCCAACUAAAUAAUUUUCAAUAAUUUUCAAACAUCCUUCUCCCAACUCUCCUCGUCCCAUUUAGUCGUAUCACACGUAAAAAAAGGAACGAGAAGAAAUUGGAUGAAAGAUGUUACUGAAAUUCGGGGGGACUAUGUUAUGAGGACCCAACUAAAUAAUUUUCAAUAAUUUUCAAACAUCCUUCUCCCAACUCUCCUCGUCCCAUUUAGUCGUAUCACACGUAAAAAAAGGAACGAGAAGAAAUUGGAUGAAAGAUGUUACUGAAAUUCGGGGGGACUAUGUUAUGAGGACCCAACUAAAUAAUUUUCAAUAAUUUUCAAACAUCCUUCUCCCAACUCUCCUCGUCCCAUUUAGUCGUAUCACACGUAAAAAAAGGAACGAGAAGAAAUUGGAUGAAAGAUGUUACUGAAAUUCGGGGGGACUAUGUUAUGAGGACCCAACUAAAUAAUUUUCAAUAAUUUUCAAACAUCCUUCUCCCAACUCUCCUCGUCCCACUAAUUCGUAUCACACGAAAAAAAAGGAACGAGAAGAAAUUGGAUGAAAGAUGUUACUGAAAUUCGGGGUGACUAUGUUAUGAGGACCCAACUAAAUAAUUUUCAAUAAUUUUCAAACAUCCUUCUCCCAACUCUCCUCGUCCCAUUUAGUCGUAUCACACGAAAAAAAGGAACGAGAAGAAAUUGGAUGAAAGGUGUUACUGAAAUUCGGGGUGACUAUAUUAUGAGGACCCAACUAAAUAAUUUUCAAUAAUUUUCAAACAUCUUUUUCCCAACUCUCCUCGUCCCACUAAUUCGUAUCACACGAAAAAAAAGGAACGAGAAGAAAUUGGAUGAAAGGUGUUACUGAAAUUCGGGGGGACUAUGUUAUGAGGACCCAACUAAAUAAUUUUCAAUAAUUUUCAAACAUCCUUCUCCCAACUCUCCUCGUCCCAUUUAGUCGUAUCACACGAAAAAAAGGAACGAGAAGAAAUUGGAUGAAAGGUGUUACUGAAAUUCGGGGGGACUAUGUUAUGAGGACCCAACUAAAUAAUUUUCAAUAAUUUUCAAACAUCCUUCUCCCAACUCUCCUCGUCCCACUAAUUCGUAUCACACGAAAAAAAGGAACGAGAAGAAAUUGGAUGAAAGGUGUUACUGAAAUUCGGGGUGACUAUGUUAUGAGGACCCAACUAAAUAAUUUUCAAUAAUUUUCAAACAUCUUUUUCCCAACUCUCCUCGUCCCACUAAUUCGUAUCACACGAAAAAAAAGGAACGAGAAGAAAUUGGAUGAAAGAUGUUACUGAAAUUCGGGGUGACUAUGUUAUGAGGACCCAACUAAAUAAUUUUCAAUAAUUUUCAAACAUCCUUCUCCCAACUCUCCUCGUCCCAUUUAGUCGUAUCACACGAAAAAAAAGGAACGAGAAGAAAUUGGAUGAAAGGUGUUACUGAAAUUCGGGGUGACUAUAUUAUGAGGACCCAACUAAAUAAUUUUCAAUAAUUUUCAAACAUCUUUUUCCCAACUCUCCUCGUCCCACUAAUUCGUAUCACACGAAAAAAAGGAACGAGAAGAAAUUGGAUGAAAGGUGUUACUGAAAUUCGGGGUGACUAUGUUAUGAGGACCCAACUAAAUAAUUUUCAAUAAUUUUCAAACAUCCUUCUCCCAACUCUCCUCGUCCCAUUUAGUCGUAUCACACGAAAAAAAGGAACGAGAAGAAAUUGGAUGAAAGGUGUUACUGAAAUUCGGGGUGACUAUAUUAUGAGGACCCAACUAAAUAAUUUUCAAUAAUUUUCAAACAUCUUUUUCCCAACUCUCCUCGUCCCACUAAUUCGUAUCACACGAAAAAAAAGGAACGAGAAGAAAUUGGAUGAAAGGUGUUACUGAAAUUCGGGGGGACUAUGUUAUGAGGACCCAACUAAAUAAUUUUCAAUAAUUUUCAAACAUCCUUCUCCCAACUCUCCUCGUCCCAUUUAGUCGUAUCACACGAAAAAAGGAACGAGAAGAAAUUGGAUGAAAGGUGUUACUGAAAUUCGGGGGGACUAUGUUAUGAGGACCCAACUAAAUAAUUUUCAAUAAUUUUCAAACAUCCUUCUCCCAACUCUCCUCGUCCCACUAAUUCGUAUCACACGAAAAAAAGGAACGAGAAGAAAUUGGAUGAAAGGUGUUACUGAAAUUCGGGGUGACUAUGUUAUGAGGACCCAACUAAAUAAUUUUCAAUAAUUUUCAAACAUCCUUCUCCCAACUCUCCUCGUCCCAUUUAGUCGUAUCACACGUAAAAAAAGGAACGAGAAGAAAUUGGAUGAAAAGUGUUACUGAAAUUCGGGGUGACUAUGUUAUGAGGACCCAACUAAAUAAUUUUCAAUAAUUUUCAAACAUCUUUUUCCCAACUCUCCUCGUCCCACUAAUUCGUAUCACACGAAAAAAAAGGAACGAGAAGAAAUCGGAGAAGUUAGUUCAAAAAGGGUUAAGCCUUAUCAGUUUCAGGAAGUUUUGAAAAAUGAGCUACCUAUUUUCUACAGCUAUCGCAAAACCCAAAGUAAUACAGAGUCAGACUGGCAUAUUCAGAGUUAUGCCGAAUAAGAGAGUCAUGAGAGGCUAGAGCAGUUAAAAAGGACUGGCGCACCCCCAAAGCUCACUUGUCGCGCCAUCUCCUAUCCUGUCCCAUCGUGUCCUGAGCCAAUUGAUUGUUUCCACGGAUCCGAUCGUCGUUCUCGAUUUCCGAAUUCUUGACACUUGCAGAGGGCAAUCGAAGUGGAAUUCUGAAAAAUCGAUGGUUUUAGAACUUGUUGUAAAAGAUUGUUGAGGGUUCCCGAGAUAAUAAAAUUUCUAACGCGAUAAAAGAGAGAAAAGAAUGUUUUAAUAGCAAAUUUCAAACUUAAGGUACUCGAUUUCUGAGAAAAUUCUGAGCCGUGAAAAUUGUUCACAAGAGACGAUGGAACUUUUCAUCAAAAUUCUAGAGAUUAUUUGAAGUUUCAUUUUGGUGUGUUUCUGAUCAAACGAAAACUUUAAUACAGUCAACAUACGUAGUUAGGACCGCAAAAAUCGAAAUUAGAAAAAUCUUCCAAAUAAAAACGUUAAUUUCCGAUGAAUUUUUCUAACUGGAUUUUUGACUAGGUGGACUAUUGUUAAUUAUUCUAUUUACUAGGUCUGCCAAAGCAACUCUAAAAUACGACGUUCACGCUACAAAAUGACCUAGACCUAUAUUUUUCAAUAGCUUUAAAAGAAGUUGCGAUGGUUUUGAAAAUGUCUAUCACGAAAAUCAAUGACCCCAAAAUUUUCUCUGAUCAAUCGCGCUGGAGGUUUUCUUACUAACAAUGCCCUCAAGAUUUUACAUACUUUCCACAUUGAAAAACCAUACAUCAGCAAAAUUCGCCAUCGACUGUCGAAUCCUUGAGCAUUUCGGGUGAUCCUUGAGCAUUUUGGGUAUCCUAAAAAUAGAGGAUUGUUGAGAGUAACAUUUCGAAAGAACCCCAAUAUGUAGUUUCUCUACAGUAUCUGAGUGACGAAACUACAGUACUCUUAUCUGUAGAAGCCCAAACCCAAAACUUACUUUUUUUCGAUCCAUCCAACCUCGAGCAUAAUCCGGCCAAUAGUCCCAAGUGUUUGAUGAGCAAUGUAGAUCUGACUGAAACUCUCACCUUAUAUGUAGUUAAAAACCACGUGGAUUGAUUCUUAUCUUUCUAGAGUGUCACGUUGAAAUUAUUUCAUCUUUAAAUUUUUCUCAUUUCUGAAAAAAUGACUGAUGGCCUACUUUUUUGACAUGGAUUUCAAUUUUAUUUGACGUGAAUUUAUCCGUUCAUUUCCAAAUUUUAAAACGAUUCGAAAGGUUGCGAUUUUUCGGAAAUAUGGAUUCGUUGAAAUUAAAAUGAGAAAGAUUCUUGAAAAAAGGGGGUUUUUUUUUUUGGAAAACUUGUGGUUAAAAAGUACCAAAAGCCUUAUAAUUUUUCAAACCUUACAUUAGAAAAUAGGUCUGAAUAGACGCCUCAAAUAUCAAAUUCAAAAACUCGGAUCUUGAAAUAAUCUCAUUUUUUCCAGGACAUUCAAACAUUGCUCGAGCGCACCGAAAUGUAA